AUGAAAGUAUCAAAUCACCUAAGUGUUCUAAAUAAUAUUGUUUCUGAAUUAGAAACUAUUGGAGUCAAGAUUGAUGAUGAAGAUAAAGUUUUGAGACUCAUACGAUCUCUUCCAUCUUCCUAUGAGUAUAUUAAACUUGUUUUAAUAUAUGUGAAGGAAAUUUUUAACUUUGAAGAAGUUGCUAGUAAGAUUAUUUCUGAAGAAAGAAGAUUGAAGGGUGAGGAGAAUACUUCAUCAAACUCAGUGUUGGUUGCUAGAGGAAGGUCGUAUAUAAAGAAAAACAAUGAAACAAGUGUGAGAUGUUGGAAAUAUGGAAAGCUUGGACAUAUAAAUAAUAAGUGUCUUUAUGGGGCUACACCAGAGAAGGGCUCUGAGUCCAACACUAGCAAUGUCUAUCUUGUUGUGAGAGAGGAUAAUUUUCUCUAA